GCGGCCGUGUGCGCAGGCGUGCUCCGGCUUGUCUUCUGCGCAGGGGGGUGGCGUCCUGAGCCGGUGGCGGAGCGGGGUUGUUUUUUUUGUCGUUGUUUGUAAAUAAAAGUUUGUUUUUUUUUGUCGGAAGAUUCGGCAUUUGGCCGGAGCAGCUGCAGUGUUAACGGGCGUGUCGUGAGCGGGGCUCGAACCCGGGUCCUGCUCGGUAACCCGCGCCUGCGCUCCAGUCUCCCCGCAGACAUGCCGAAGCGCGGCUGCCCGUGGCCCGACAGCGCCCCCUUGCAACUGAAGACACGCGUGACGCAGAAGGAGGUGAACGAGGGCGUGGCCAGAGACACGAACAUGACGGCUGUGUACGAGCGCACAAAGUCUCUCCUGUUCUCUGGCGCUCGCUCACUCAAGUGUACUAAACUCUCUUUGAGCCCCGAAUCCUGCAAUGUGGGGGACCCCCCAGCCGGGCCCCUGCAGGGGUCAGCCAGGGGUCAGAUGAAGCUGGGGCCAGAGGGGAAGCUGCUGAAGAGCCCCCCCGAAAAAACAGAGACCCCCUUCUCCCCCCCGGGCUGUGCCCUGUGCACGCGCGCUGGCUCUAGCGCCCCCUGUGUCCGCUGUGAGAAGGCAGCCUGCAGGAGCUGUUGGCGUCGCUGCAGCCUGUGUCAGAGAGAUCACUGCUUCCUGUGCUGCGCGCCCAACUACGAUGAGAGAGACGAGCGCUUGAUUUGUGUCGACUGUCCUGCGCUGUGAGGGGGGGGGGGGGGGGGGGUGUUUUUGUAACUCUUGCAUCGAUGCG